GCAGGCUUUGUUUCUCAUAUAUCUCCUUCCAAUUUAUUUACUCAUAUUUUUCAAAGCAAAAAGAAAAUGUCAACCACCGUCGAUGUCCCAGAGUCGAGCAACGUCGAGAAAGGAAGACCAGUUGCAGCUGAUGCAGCCGCGAGACCGGGAGGAAGCAAUAAAGCGCUGGCCAUAAUAGACUUCAUUCUCAGGUUAGGUGCCAUAGCAGCUGCUCUCGGCGCCGCUGCCACCAUGGGAACCGCCGAACAGACUCUCCCUUUCUUCACUCAGUUCUUCCAGUUUGAAGCCAGCUACGAUAGUUUCCCAACUUUCGAGUUUUUCCUUAUUUCCAUGUCAUUGGUGGGUGGGUACCUAGUCCUGUCUCUACCUUUCUCUGUGGUCACCAUUAUACGCCCCCACGCAGUUGGAGCAAGGCUUCUCCUUCUGAUCUUAGACGCCGUGUUUCUGACGCUGGCUGCUUCAAGUGCUUCUGCAUCAGCCGGCAUCGUGUACCUGGCACACAAUGGCGAUCAGGACACAAACUGGAUUGCCGUCUGCAACCAAUUUGGUGAUUUUUGCAUGGCCACUAGUUCAGCCGUGGUGUCGGCCUUCGUUGCUGUGACUGCCCUCCUCUUGAUGGUUGUGAUGUCUGGUGUGGCUCUCAGAAACCACUAGCAGAAUUAAUCAAGCAGACUAUUGUCAUGUUGUGCCCCAUUCAUCUCCUGUUUAUGCAUGAAGUUCUCAAGUUGUGUGCAUUCGUGAUGUUUCGCUCAAGUGUCCACUUCAUGAUUAUUUACUUAUCGGUCAGAUGAUGUAAUAUUCCUAUCAUCUAUAGCUUCUUUCAAUGUGCUUUUCACUUCUUUUAGGCAUGCUUUCUUACCUC